GCAAGUCGUACAUUUGUAUUCAAAUACAUCACACUAACACGAAGUUUCUCUGACAAACACUGUAAAUAGACAAGUUCAAGCCUGAGUGUAGACAGUAAGCUGACAACUGCAUCUGAGCAGCACGUGUCUUGUACCAAAGUAACUUGUUCAACUGAGUGAGAUAUACUUUCUUCGAGAUAAAGGACUUUGAAGAAAAAAACAUGAAGGGGGCUAUUGGAACGGCGAUUCUCUUCUACUCUUUAUGCUGUGUUGUGUCGUUACCAUUGCAUAACAUAUUUAAACGAAAUGCCACACAUCAAAAGAGGAACUCUGAAUCCGAUGCUCACGCCCACAUUCUAGCAGAGUAUAUCUUUGACAGUACUGCUAGCAAUGCGCGUAUUGUUACCCACCAAGACAUUAGUGAUUUUUACAAAAGUGUUUUUGAAUACGACGAUUACAUGGCUGACCAAAUAAGCAGACGAUACAUUGAAUGGGGUGAUGUAAAUGGCGACGGUGCACUCACGAAAGAAGAACUGACAAUUGCGAUUCGGAACCAUUACCCAUAACGCCCUGGACCACCGAACCAUCCCCAAUUGGUUUUGGUUGUGUUCAUUUUUGUUGGUGAUGUCAACGUCUGUUGUUCUUGUCACGUGAUCCUUGUCACCAUGUCCUCGCUGCGUCGUUCAAGCUAUUCUUUUUUGUAUUUCUUCGCAAAUCUGAAGACUGCUUCGCAGGACAAUGUAAGGGAGUCCAUUUUCUGUUCUCCGGAAACGACGUUCGCGGUUGUCCAGCCUUUUCCAAUUAGAACAGAGCGGAACACACGCUAGCAUGAAGCGAAUGUUGACUGUCUUGAUGACUUUAGAAAAACAUCGACAUAUCAAACUAAUCGUUGGUAAAUAUGUAUCUGUAUUAACCCUAUUUUGUUUUACAUAUUUUGCCUUAUUGCGAAUGAUAUAGUUGGUGGGUUUUUGUCGCAAUGCUGUUUUUUUUUUUAUAUUUGACAUCUUUUUUAUAUAGAAAUUGUAGCAUUGACUUUUGUCAUUCCAAAUGACUAGAUGCAGGUUUUUGGUCAUUAUAUACCUUCUAGGUUUUUGUUAUUUAGUUUGGUCAGUUCCUUGUGACGCCAUGUAAUGUUGUUAUAUAUUUUGACAUAUCGCCUGAAUUAGACGAUGAAAAAUGUUUUCCACCGGCCGUACCCUCAUUGUUUUCACAACUACACUAAUUUAUUUCUUACAAAUAGGCCGUUUGCCUACAUUCUAUUUAUCACCUGUAUUUGUACAUGUAUAUAUUUAUUACUAGUAUCUCGCUUCUGAGGUUGUGGUUUUAUUGUAAGACAUUCUAUAUGUGCUCAAAUUUUCCGAGUCAUGUUUUCAUAUUAUCUAUAAAUAUAUAUUUUUUCAAACAUUGUUUCUUUUUGCUUCCAUGAAUAAUUCCAAUAAACAUUGAUAAAUUAA